AUUUCUCAUUUUCUUUCCUAUAAAUAUAACAACCCAUUUUAAGCAUAAAAGUAUUCAUUUAUAACAUUCUUCAUAUUUCCUUUCAUCAUUUUUGACCUUUCUUCUCACUGAAAAUUAAGAAAAUGACAACAUUCUUUGGUUUGGUUUGGUGUAGCAUUCUUUUAGCUUUUGGGAUGAAUGGGUGUUUGGCAGAUGAGAAAAUUGGGAUUUAUGAACUCAAGAAUGGAAAUAUCUCUAUUAAACUCACUAAUUAUGGUGCCCAUCUAAUCUCUGUUUAUCUUCCUGAUAGAAAUGGAAAAGUAGAUGAUGUUAUUCUUGGUUAUGAUACUGUUCAAGAGUACAUGAAUGACAAAUCAUACUUUGGAGCCACAGUAGGAAGGGUUGCUAACAGAAUUGGUGGAGCUCAAUUUACUUUAAAUGGAACUACUUAUAAACUUGCUCCUAAUGAAGGCAAAAACAUGCUUCAUGGGGGGCCUAAAGGAUUAAGUAAAGUAAUUUGGAAAGCUAAGAAGAUUAAAGCAGACGGCCAUCCACCUCACAUGACCUUCACAUACCGCAGCAUCAACGGCGAUCAAGGAUUCCCCGGCAAUCUACGUGUCACUGUAUCAUACGCAUUACUUGAAAACAACCAAUUAAGCAUAACAAUGAAAGCAAAAGCUGAGAACAUUUCCACACCAGUCAAUCUCGCUAACCACGCUUACUGGAACCUCGCCGGCCAAUCCUCCGGCGAUAUUCUCUCCCAUCAGCUUCAACUCUUCGCUUCCCGAUACACUCCCGUCGACGCUAGCCUCAUCCCCACCGGAAAAAUAACAUCCGUCAAAGGAACACCGUACGAUUUUCUAACUACAGCAACAAUUGGAAGCAGAAUUAACCAACUCCCUGGCGGAUACGACAUCAACUACGCGCUCGACGCGAGUUUGUACAAUAAGAUGAGGAAGGCGGCAGUUGUUCAUGAUAAGAAAUCGGGACGAGUAAUGGAAUUGUACACAAAUCAGGUCGGAGUGCAGUUUUAUACGAGUAAUACACUUGAGCAAAAGGGAAAAGGCGGGUUUGUGUAUAAACCGCAUGCGGCGUUGUGUUUGGAGACUCAAGGGUACCCGAAUGCCGUAAAUCAACCGAAUUUUCCAUCGGUGAUUGUUAAUCCGGGGAAGUCUUACAAGCACUAUAUGUUGAUCAAGUUUUCUAUUGCUUAGGUUUGAAUUUUUUUUUUUUUUUGGAAUAAUGUUAGAUUUUUCUGUAAUGUUAUUUAGGUUGAGGAAAAUGAAUAAUUAAAAGAUAUAAAAUAUCAAUUUACUUUUUGAGCUCGCA